CUUAGUUAGGGUUUUUUUUUCUACGAAUUCCAACUAAAGACCUUGAAACAAACUAAAGACCCAUCUGUUAAGUAGAAGCAAUAAUGUAUGAUCGGAAGAAGCGUCCUAAGACGGAGCAUACAGAUGGCGCUGAUCAAAAUCAGUCGGAUGAUCAAAACUUUGCGCAGCGCAGAGUUCUUCGUUCCGGAUAUCUCUCAAUUCAGAGUUACAUUCGGGAUAGAAGAGAUGAGAUAGCAGCAGCUAAUUCAAAGAAAUUCAUCGCCAUCAUAGACGAAGUCGAGGAAAUGCACCAUCUAGUCAAUAAACCUAGAGAGCAAGUGUCGGAUGCGGAGGCACUACGAGACCUAGCCAACACGCUGGUGGCUUCCAUUAGAGUGCAUAGCACAGGAAGUGUAACUCCGUCACUAUUUGUUUCAAGCUUGAUCAAUCAAUUUGGGAAGAAGGAAAGUACAGAAAUUACCGAAACUACUCAAAUUCAGUGGAAAGAUAUCGGGUUACAUGCUUCUCAUCCACUUUUCAUGACCUUUCAGGGUUCCUGCACCAUGAUUGGGCCGAUGAACCAAGAUGUUAAACCACCAAAAGUUUUAGUUGAACGAAAGCGUUCAAGAUCAUCUCUGAAGGAAAAGAAGGUGAAACCAGAAGAGAUCGACGAUACAGUCUCUAAAGAGAAGACAGACACCGAGGAAACAAUUGCAUCAAUGUUUGACAUCCUCAAAACCAACACUAAUGUUUGCCUUGAAAACAUUAUCCUAAACAGAGUCUCAUUUGCACAAACUGUGGAGAACUUGUUUGCCUUGUCCUUCUUGGUGAAAGAUGGGAGAGUUUUGAUAACAGUGGAUGAAAAAGGCUCUCAUCAUGUUUCACCACGAAAUGCUCCUUCUGCUGGCAUGAUAUCUUCAGGGAAAGUGGCUUACUCUCACUUUGUUUUUAAGUUUGACUUCAACGACUGGAAGUUGAUGAAGGAUUUAGUAGCUGUAGGUUCUGAGUUGAUGCCACAUAGGACCAAGGUUGAUUCUUGUGGUGGUUGUGAAUCAGAACCAGAUCUGAAAAGAAACAAUCACCCAACUACAAUUAUCACCACACAAAAGGUAUCAAGAAAUCAAGAAGGGUCUAAUGAAAUUGGAAAUAGGCAGAUGUCUAUAUAUUAG